AUGGAUAGAGUUAGAGUCAUUAAUCGAAGGCGAACCACCCUUAAGAAACAAGUCACGCAACUUGCGAAUAACGUCGCGUCGGGUCAGUUCAACAAAUUAAUUCUUAAGUCACGAUUGGCGCGAGUGACCGAUAUGUUGACCGCGUACGAAGAAUUAAACGAUGAGCUCGCGCUCAUUGAUCCUGAUAACGACCGAUUAGAUGAAAUCCUAGGUAUUCAAGAUCAAUAUUAUAUAUGUGCGGGUACAAUUGAAGGGAUGGAGGAUGCCGGUACUUCGGUAGCGCGACAGAACGAAACACUCGGUAAUACGGGAUUAAAUUCAACGUUGGCAGAAACGCGUCGUACCAUGAAACUUCCGGUUACGGAAUUGCCAAAAUUCGAUGGGAGUUUAGACAAAUGGCUUUCGUUUAGGAAUACGUUUGUGACCAUGGUCAACGCGCGGACCGAUAUCACGGAUUUAGAAAGAUUUAUAUAUUUAAAAAACUCUCUAAGAGGCGAAGCGUUAAGUAAAAUCAUUAUGCUCGACGCAAGCGAGGAAAACUAUCAGAGCGCGUGGCAGCUACUCGUCGAGUCGUAUGAUAAGCGACGGUUGCUAAUUUCGAGACACGUGAAUGCCAUUCUUGAUAUGGAAAGUUUAACUAAAGCCACUACGUCCGGGCUUACGAAAUUAGUCGACGUUGUACGCCAACAUUUAAGCAUGUUAAAAACAUUAGAGAUAAUUCCCGAUCCCACCAUGGUUAUCUGUGUGCUGGAGAAGUUGCUUCCCAACGACCUUCGUCAGAAAUGGGAAGAGUCGCUGGACGAGAACGUUUUCCCCAGCCUAGAAAAGUUCUAUAAAUUCGUGAGCACGGCUUCGAACUCAUUGCGUCAUCUAGAAGAAGCCAGCGGUCGCGGUCGGGAGAAAAUCGAGAGUCAAUCCGGAAAUAAACGUCGAUCCGAUCGGGAACCACGCGCGGCGAAAACUCGCAAGAUCGAGGCGAGUGCGCGGACAUUAGUUACCGCGACUACAAAGUCUUGUUUUUGUUGCAAACAAAAUCAUAGUAUUUAUAAAUGUCCGACGUUUCAAAAAAUGACUACGUCCCAGCGGUGGGAUGUCGUGAAACGGAAACAAUUAUGCCGAAAUUGCCUUCGUCCGCACGCCGGAGAGUGCAAAGGGCCGCGUUGUAAACUUUGCGGGCGGUUUCAUAACGCAUUAUUACACGGGUUCGCGAAUCAACAGUCCUCCGCCGGACCAUCAACGUCUCAAGCGAAACCGGAGAACGAGACGACCGAUCAAACGAAAUCAUCGUGA